AUCUCCUAGACUUCCUCCUUUCCAAUUCUCCUGAACUCCCUCUUUUGUUCCCUCGUUCCUCCAUUGUAUGGCCCUCCAAAUUCCUAUCCUCUCAUCCCACAGACACACCAACCCUCCUUUCCCCUGACUCAGUGCUCUCUCUUUCAUCCUCCUGUCCCCUCAUUCCUUUACUCAUAUCUCCUUACCUUCCUGUCCUUUCACCCCAUUCUCCUAUCCCGCUGUUCCCCAGUCCCCGAUGUCCUGACCCCAUUGAUCUGUCUCCUUGACUCUACGCUCUCCCCUCCCACUGUCUUUCUUUCCCAUUUCUCUGUCCCUAUACUCUUUUACCAGCCAAAGCAAGGUCAGGACCAAGAUCAGAGCAGAUCCCAAACUUCUCUACCCCUCAAUGGCCUGACUCUGGUAUUUUGUUUGGCCCUUCUUUUCUAGGCUUAGGAGCAUCUCCCUGGUGGCUUGGUCAGGCAGAUAUGGUGUUAGUGGGUUGCCCAUUUUAGUCACUUCCUAAUCCCAGAAUUCCCUUCACAAGCUGUGUUCUAGUGACUGUUCAAUCCAGGGGCUCCCUGAGUAAGUUGCUGAUCUUGCCCUGGUGGCUGACCCCAGGGCAUCCAGCCUCUGAACUAGUGAAUGUUUAACCUCAGAGUCUCGUUGUAUGUCUGUGAGUGUGAGAGUGUGUGUGUGUGUGUGUGUGUGUGUAUGUGUGUGUAAGCUUGUUGGCGGAGUCUGAAAGCAGAAGUUGAAACCAACUCACCAGCCGCUGUCCUGCCACAACAGAAUGUGAUCUCCUACUUCCACCAUGCACCAUGGCCCCAGGAGACUUCAUGGUUUUCAUCCGUGCCCUUCUGCUGAUCCUUCCAGACCUGAUCCAGGGCUUAGGGGGCCCUCUGCUGCCCAACGUCCCUUUUGUUGCCAUCUGGAAUGCCAACACCUAUUUGUGCCAACAGAAAUUUCAGGUGAACAUCAGCCUGGACACCUUCCAUGUGAUAGCCAACCCAGACCAGGUCUUCAAGGGGCCAAAUAUGACCAUCUUCUAUAGCACUAAGCUGGGCAUUUACCCAUGGUACACACCUGCUGGGCAGCCUAUCAAUGGGGGCCUGCCUCAGAAUGCCAGUUUCUGGGCCCACCUGGUCAAGUCCUAUAAAGACAUCCUGGCCACUUUGCCUGAACCCGACUUCAAGGGGGUUGUGGUCAUCGACUGGGAAGAAUGGCGCCCUAUUUGGGCCACGAACUGGGACUCAAAGAAAAUAUACCAGGAGCAUUCUCUAGACCUGGUGAGAGAAAAGCACCCAGACUGGCAUCCAUCCCAAGUAGAGGACGUGGCUAAGAAACAAUUUGAGGAGGCAGCCAGGGAAUGGAUGGUUGGCACCUUACAGCUGGGGAAGUUCCUGCGGCCCAGGGGACUCUGGGGCUACUAUGGUUUCCCAGACUGUUACAAUUACAACUUCCAGAAGCCCAACUUCACAGGAGAGUGCUCUCAGGAGGUCCAACGCCUGAACGACCAGUUGUUAUGGAUGUGGGAGCAGAGCCGAGCCCUCUAUCCUAGCAUCUACCUCCCCUUACAGCUGGCUGAAACAGGGAUGUCACUGCUGUUUGUCCAUGGGAGGCUACAAGAGGCACUCAGAGUGGAAGGGAGAACCCGGAAUCCUGGCCGGCCCAUCUUGCCCUACGUGCAGAUCUUUUAUGAGAAUACGGAUCGUUUUCUGCCCUUGGAGGAGCUGGAGAAUACCAUUGGGGAGAGUUUGGCCCAGGGUACAGAUGGAAUUGUGCUAUGGAUGAGUGGAGACCAUGACACCAAGGAAUCCUGCCAGGCUAUUAAGGACUACGUGGACACCACCCUGGGCCCCUUCAUCCUGAAUGUAACCAGCAUGGCCUACCUCUGCAGUGAGGUGCUGUGCUCAGGGCAUGGCAGAUGUGCCCGCCGCCAACAGCACCCCCAAGGCUUCCUUUUCCUCAGCCCAGCCAGCUUCUCUAUUCAUCGACAGCCAGACAGUGGACACCUGAGCCUUCGAGGUUUCUUGGCAGAGGAGAUGUUGGUCAAGAUGAAAACAGAAUUUAAGUGUCGCUGCUAUACAGGCUGGGCUGGGGAGCACUGUGAGCAUCAGGGCAGCCGCUGACUCCUCUGAAGAAACACUGCCUUGGGUAGGAACAAGAGAACAGCUGAAGGGGUCUCUGAUCCUCUGAUUCUCUGCAGGCCUGGCCUGUUGGGAGACAGCUUCCUCCCUAAAACUGCCCACCCACCCUUCAGUGACUGUCACUAUGCAGUAUAUGAGCUGUGUGACCUUAGAUAACUUACUCCAUCUCUCUGAACCCUGGGGUUCUCCUUGGUCAAAGGGCGUUAACAAUAGGACCUUAUUGGGUUGUUUGGAAGAAAGCGCUUUAUAAAUCACCAUAGAAAUGAGAGCAGUAUUAUUCCAAGGAACACAAUUAUAAAUCACACUGAGGGGAAAGUUGGUUUCUCAUACUUCCUGAUGGUUUUGUCUCUGGGUCAGUCUUUCCCACUAGGAUUUGUAUUCAAUGACAAGUCAAUCAUUUUAUCCACCUGUGCAAUGCUUUGCUGAAUAUUAAAAAGCAAUGCUCAAUUGCAGCACAGCCACUUGGCCUGGGACCAUCUCAGUCUGAAUGCUACUGAUUUGGUCAAUAAUAAGGAUGAGGGUAAUAAUUAAUAAUAAAGAGACUGACAUUUAGAAACUGA